CCCUACCUUAAUUCUGGAAUAAUCACUUCAUUCCCUACAAUUUCAACUCUUUAUGAUGCAGUUUGUUAGUCAAUAAAUAAUCACUUUACUCUAGCUCCAUUCUCCUAGGACUUCUUAAGUACAUACUACAAAGGUAACAUACUUACUUUAUCUUCCAAACUAUUAUAAUAUUAUCACAUUUGCUAAUUACCACUUUUUCCUUUCUCAUUUUCAAACUAGGAGUCCAAAUAUUACUUUACAGCACUGAUGUGACAGUAGCAGACUAACAAAGGAUCUAUAACCACACUAGCUAUUUUUUCCUAGGACUUCUCAAGUACAUGCUAAAAAGGAUGAAGAUGAUACAACAAGAAAGAAUAAAGCAUCUUUAAGAAGAUUGAGAAGAACAAAUUAUCUGAAACAAAGGAUCCAAAAGAGAGCCAAGCUUGACAUCAAUGUUACAAUCCAACGUACCCCUUUUGCUAAUAUCACUAACAAUAAUCUUCAAUCAAAUUUGCAGCAAUCAAAACAAGGCAAAAAAACUAAUCGGACUACUCAAAUCACUCCUUCAACCAGUAACUACACUCCUAAACAUCCAUUUAACAUAAACAUUCCAAACAUGUAUCGUGAUUCUUUUGGUGUCAUUGGUUCUGUGAUAAACAGUAACAUUCAGACACCAAUGGGGAACCAACCUGUUUUUUCACUUAAUGACAACACACCUCCACUUAGGCCAAUAUCAUUGUUCAACAGAAUACCUUAUGACAUAAAUACCAACGGAAAAACACCGCUGCCAACACCAAACAUUUUUUAUCCUGAAACUCUUCCAAAUUACACACAGCCAACGUCAUCAACUAAUUUUCAAAUGCCCAAAAGAACUCCAAAGUUAUUGAAUCAACAAGGAGUAAACUUGAUGAACAGGUUUUCUGAAGUUGACACAGACAAAGCUUCAUCUUCAGGAGUCAAUGAUCAAAUACCAAAUCCAAUUGGAAGUUCUGAUGAUGAUACAAGUUCUAUUGAUACUGAAGAACAAGCAGCCUUCAUGUCACAUCAUGAAUCUGAAUCUAACAGCAGUGAAGAUGAAGAUGAGGUUAUGUCAAUCAAUAACAAUACACAACUUCCAAAUUUAGAAGCAGGUUAUUCUGAUAUUGGUGAUCCUUCUUUUGAAUGUCGUAAAUGUGGUGCAUGCAUGUGGUACCAAGAACGUAGGAGGAAGUCAAGAGAAAGUUCUAAUCCUGAGUUUGGAAUGUGUUGUGGCAAUGGAAAAAUUCAAAUACCUUUCUUGCCAACACCUCCUCCGUUAUUAAAUGAUCUUAUGUUCAACAAUUAUUCAACUGAAAGCAAACAAUUUAAUCAGAACAUAAGAUUAUAUAAUAGCAUGUUUGCAUUCAGCUCACCUGGAUUUAAGGUUGAUAAGGGAGUUAUACCAGGGAGAGGUCCACCAACUAUCAGAAUUCAAGGCCAAUCAUGUCACCGAAUGGGAAGUAUGAUUCCUGCUGCUGGAAAGACUCCAAAAUUUGCACAGCUGUAUAUAUUUGAUACAGAUAAUGAAUUGCAAAAUAGAGUUCAAGGGAUAAGGAAUCCUAAUCUCAAUAUGCAAACUGUGUCAAAGUUGCAACAGAUGCUUGAUGACACCAACUGCCAUGCUAAAUCGUUUAGGAAAGCUCGUGAUAGAUUAAGGCAAGGCAAUGUUGAGAACUUAAAGUUAAAGCUCAUAUCAGAUAGAACAACUGAUGGAAGGAUUUAUAAUCAACCUACUGUCUCUGAAGUAGCAGCUUUGAUAGUAGGUGAUGUUGACUCUGCAGCAAGAAGAGAUAUAAUUAUGGAGAGGCAAAGUGGUCGUUUAGAAAGAAUUGAUGAGUUCCAUCCAGCAUAUCUUGCAUAUCAAUAUCCGCUGUUGUUUCCUUAUGGUGAAGAUGGAUAUAGAGAUGAUGUUCUUCACCGAGGCAUCGUUGCAGGUAAACAAUCAAAGAUGGAUCGACUAACAAUAAGAGAAUGGUUAACAUUUAGACUUCAAUCAAGGAAAACAGAAGCUAUGACAAUAUUGUGUGCAAGGAGGUUAUUUCAGCAGUUUUUGGUAGAUUGUUUUACAAUGAUGGAGGCUGAUAGAUUGAAAUGGUUGAGGAAAAACCAGUCCAAGUUAAGAGUUGGGAAAUACAGAAGUUUGAGUAACAACCAAGGCAAUGUAGAUGGCCAGACUAAAAAGCAGGGUAAGAGAGUUGUAUUGCCGUCAAGUUAUGUUGGUGGUCGUAGGUAUAUGGAUCAACUUUAUUUUGAUGGUAUGGCCAUUUCAAGUGAUGUUGGGUUUCCCGAUUUAUUUAUCACUUUCACGUGCAAUCCAAGUUGGCCUGAAAUACAACGCUUUGUUGGUGCAAAGGGUUUGAAACCACACGACCGACCAGACAUCAUAGCAAGAGUUUUCAAAAUUAAGUUUGAUGAACUUCUCAAUGAUUUGACAAAAAAACAUAUCCUUGGCAAAGUAGUUGCAUAUAUGUACACAAUUGAGUUUCAAAAGAGAGGACUACCGCAUGCUCAUAUUCUUAUAUUCUUGCACCCUUCCAGUAAGUAUCCUACACCAGAUCACAUUAAUCAGAUAAUUUCUGCUGAGAUACCACACCCUGAGAAUGAUAGAGAACUGUACAAAUUAGUUGGCACUCAUAUGAUGCAUGGACCAUGUGGUUUAGCAAAACCAUCAUCCCCUUGCAUGAAAAAAAAAAGAUAAAUGUUCCAAGUUUUUCCCGAAAAAGU